AUGUCCUCCCCGUCAUCCACCGGUUCCGCGAAACGGAAACGUACCUCUGCAUCAGAGCGAUUAAGGUCUUCCGCGGUGGAGCUCCAGCAACCUUCCUCCAGAGAUGCAUCUGGCGAAGAGCUUGCCGACUCUCCUUCGCUCAAUACCCGAACACGCAAGCAUGCACCCAGCCUGUCGAACGACCUGAACGUUCCUCCUAGCAAGAGAGCACGCACCCGUUCCGGUGCUAAACCUGUCGACACCAACGGUGCCUCUAUUCCGGAUGUGAACGUCCAGGACCCUGGCGAGCCUUCCAGUACAACAGAAGGUAGCGAUGAGAUCGAGGAGUCGGGAAAUAAAAGGCAGAGGCAAAGCGACGACAGCGAGGAUUUGCUACAAAGUGUUCCAAAGGCGGGUUUAAGAGAUCCCAUCGGGGGCUACAAGACAAAUCCUCCUCCUAUAGGAAGGCCAGUUCGAGUCUACGCGGAUGGAGUCUUUGAUCUGUUCCAUCUUGGACACAUGCGCCAACUCCAGCAAGCUAAGACUGCCUUCCCCGACACCUAUCUGAUCGUCGGUGUGACCGGCGACACAGAGACACACAAAAGGAAAGGCCUCACAGUGCUUACUGGCCGCGAGAGGGCCGAAACAGUCGGUCAUUGCAAAUGGGUCGACGAAGUCAUCCCAAACUGUCCUUGGAUCGUGACUCCCGAGUUCCUCGACGAACAUCAAAUUGACUAUGUUGCACAUGACGAUGAGCCCUAUGGUGCUGAUGAAGGAGAUGACAUUUACGCACCCAUCAAGAAGGAGGGCAAGUUCCUCGUGACGCAGCGAACAGAAGGUGUAUCCACAACUGGCAUCAUUACGAAGAUUGUUCGUGACUACGAAAAAUACAUUGCCCGACAACUGAAGAGAGGAACCAGCCGUCAAGAGCUGAACAUUAGCUGGCUGAAGAAGAACGAACUGGACAUCAAACGCCACGUCUCGGAACUCAGGGAUAGCAUCAAGACCAACUGGAGCACUGCGGGUGGUGAAAUCGGGAGAGACCUGCGGCAAUUUUGGCAGAGUUCUCGACCGGCCAGUCCAUCUCCUUUUAACAGACAACUCAGCGACGGUUUGAAGAGCCCCAGUGCGGUCAGUGCGCUUGAGCAUCUCAAACACCUUGAGGUGCCCGGAAGUGCAGAAAAACGAAGCGACUCGCCUGGUAGACUCAGUCGGAGUGAGGACUUCGCGGCCGGUUACAGUCUCGGUCUGAUCGGAGGUGUCAAAUCCUGGAUGAUGCGACGUCGGCGAUCGCUACAUGAUAGCCAAGCCCCAAGCCCUUCAGGGAGUGAGGAUGACGAGGCUAGGAGCCCUCUCAGCCCCGACGGGGAUUCGUAUUUCAGCGGUUUCAAAACCCCGCCAGUCCGAGGCCGCAAGGGAAAGAGUGUGAGCGACCUUGACGAAGAAGAAUCUGGGCGCAAAGCCUUGGACGUCUUGCAUUGA